AUGUCCCCGAGCCAGCCGGCCUCCUCCUCCACCGUGCCCUCCGGCCUCUCCGGCCACGUGGACGCGAGCAGGGCGGCGACCAGUCUGUCACCAGACAGCCCCUUGAGCGCCCAUCUCCGCGGUCGGGGUCCGCCCGUCCCCCGUUGGCGGGGGGCGGAGCCCGAGGGCGGAGACACCACCAUAGACACGUAUCUAUGGUCCGACAGCGUCUCCACCCCGACAACACCCUCCACCCCGACACCCGACGCGCGAGGGCCGGAGAUGCCCAGGUCAGAUCGACCACGGACUCCCCCGCCCACCGCACGCAGGUGCUGUCCGAGCCCACGUUCAACAAAUGCAGGCCCAGACCCGCCGCCCAGUCCGCCAGCACCGCGCCCUUCGCGUCCGGCCGCCGGGAACCCCAGAGCGCGGACUUCGCAUUGA